UUUGCUGGCAAUGUAACAUCCACAUGGUCUGGAUUUUAAAUAAAGCACAGCAUCAUCAUCAUGGCUGACAAAAUUAGCAGAGCAAACAGCCUCUUAAAAGAGGCUGCAGAGCUAUUGAACCCUACUGAUGAAGAUUCACCUCCAGGUCCAUCUACUGCAUCUAGGCCUACCGGUACCGGCAGCUCGUCUGUCAUAUCUAGUGUUUUCAAUGUCCAAGAGUUCAUGCCAAGGGCAACUGGCAGAAGAAGAAACGCUAGAAGCACCCCUUACGAGAAAAAGGGUCGAGCUGGAAUGACAUGGACACACAAAUUCGUAUGUCUUGGUCAAACUGCUGUUGAAAGUGUGCCAAAUCCUCAAGAUAAGUAUACACUGAAACAAGCUGACCUCGGUGAGAAGAAACUUGUGUUCAAGCUAAACGGGGAUUAUGUUCAUCUUAAAGAAGUGAUUUUGCAAUCAUUUCCGUUAUUGGUUAAGGCUGGUGGCUUUGAGCUACACCGAACAGACGGCCCAUACUCCAGGGCAUUGAUCCCAAUAGAACAGAAGUUCUUCACCUCAGUUGCUAAACUCAAGUCGUAUGUGGUGCAAGCAAGGGUGUACAUUCGCCCAGUUCAAGCUGACAUUAUGGACAUUUUCGGCUUACCAUGUGAGACUGGAGAGGGUACAGAACCCAAAGAGAGGUGCUUGGAAUGCGGAAAAGAAGUGGAAAUCUCUUACUUAAAAACACAUAUUGAAGUGUGCAAAGAAGCAAGCGCCUUGUGCAAAAAAGAGAAGGAAAAGGGAAAGUAGGUAUUCUUUACUUUUGUAUCAAUUUGCAACGGCUUUUUGUGUUAGGGAUUCUUGUGACAGCCUGCCCCCUACACCACCAACAUUGGCUGAAUUGCUACGGUCAUCAGCAAGGAAUGCAAUCCGCUCUGGGCAGCCUGACCAGACCCCUACACCUCCAACAUCAUCAGCAUGUUCAACAACCCGCUCUGGUCGUUUUGCAUCGGCAUACAUCAAUCUCCUUGAGGAAGGCCUCCCUGACCCUACACCUCCAACAUUGGCUGAAACAUCAGCUUGUUCAACAACCCGCUCUGAGCAGCCUGUUCGUUUUUCAUCCACUGGUUAUUCGGCAUACGUCGAUCUCCUCGAGGAAGACCUCCCUGCCGAAUACGAGCCGGAACUACAGAUGGCCUUAGAAGCUAGUCUUGCUACUGCUGAAAGAGAUUUUUCAAUGCAAGAAGUUGACACCCCUGAAAUAGUCAAGCAACAUGUCUCAGAACUGAACAUUAAAUGUGGAGUUGAAGACCCACACCAACAGCUAACUGUGCGACGUAAGCACCUCUGGGAGGACAUCAAACGGUGUUUUUCGAAGCCCUACACAAAUGUGUUACUGCCACUACGAGUCACCUUUGUCGGUGAAUCUGGAGCUGAUGAAGGUGGACCCAAACGAGAAUUCUUUCGACUUGCAUUGGAGUCUUGUAUUGGUAAUUCAUCCUUGUUCACUGGUUCCACAUAUUCCACAUACGAAAAAGUGCUCUUGCAUAAUACCACUGCUCUCCUCCAAAAGCAUUAUAAAUAUGUUGGGCACAUUUGUGCAAUGUCCAUAGUGCAAGGUGGACCUGGACCCAUGUGUUUUUCAAGUUGGGUAUAUGAUUAUUUAGCCGAAGGGUUGGACGGUGUGGUGAUCAAUGUCAGUGAUGUACUUGUUGAUUCAGUGAAAGAUUUUUUGGGAAAGGUACGCUAUACACCUAACAUGAUUCAGACUAUAAUUAUGUUGAUAUACAGGUUGCACUGACGUCACCACCCUUCGUGAGCUCUUGCGUGAAGAUCCAGCUGAUGUUGUUUUUGAGUGUGGGUUCUCGAAACCUAUCACACAAGUGUCCUUAGAAGAUGUCCCAAUGUUGCACAAGGCGAUAGCCAUCAAUUCGUGUUUGGUGCCAAUCAAAGCCGAGUUGGAUCAAAUGAAAGAAGGUUUGCGUCUAUUUAACGUUGACGGACUCCUCAAGAAAUAUCCAGCCAAGAUGAAGAAGCUGUUUGUGGUAUGUGGCUCACCAGCUCGCCUUUCUCUAGCGGAGUUUAUGGCACUCACUGAGUAUAACUACUCCGUCAAUGGUUCAAAUGACAGAGAGGCAGAAGAGUCUACCACUAUGAACUGGGUUGAAUUUCUGGCGGAAAUAGAAAAUGGACUAGCAGUGUGCACCGUUCAUUCUAUUGAUGGAGGGAAUGAGGAACACACACUCAGCUUGGAAGAUAUACUUGUUUUUGCAACUGGAGCUGACCGAGUUCCUCCAAUGGGCUUCCAUAAAAUGGUGACGAUCGAUUUUGACCGAUCAAACAUAUUCCCUACUGCCUCCACUUGUUCUCUGACGAUGUACCUGCCCAUGGCCACUACUAUGAUGUCUUAUGACCAAUUUAAAACUGGCAUGAUUGAAGGACUAGUAAGCGGUUUUGGUUUUGGACAAGCCUAACUGUUCAUAGUUGAAGGAACCACUUCUGUUUUUCAUUUGGUUGCAAUCACGU